AACACGAUAUCACCGAUAUUUUUCAAACAUCGAUGUUGGCAUCGAUGUUUCUCCACCUCUACUCUUUUAGCAAAAACUUGUAGAAAAUUGUCAAUUCGCUGGUACUUGUAUAUCCAUGUGAAGAAGAGAUAAGCCCAAAACUCUUCCCGUCGCCCACGCCACGUCGCACAGUUGCGCACCGCCAGAAAUAUUAAAAGCAGGCCAAAGAGACCGAGAGAAUUACGGAAAAUGAGUUCUUCAAAUGCGGGACAGCGCACCAAGCUGAUACAGGAGAAAUGCCAAACCCUUUUGACGCAGAUGCUCCGCGACGAGGAUAACAAAUACUGCGUGGACUGCGAUGCCAAGGGUCCCCGCUGGGCCUCCUGGAACCUGGGCAUGUUCCUCUGCAUCCGCUGCGCCGGCAUCCAUCGAAACUUGGGAGUGCACAUAUCGCGGGUCAAGUCUGUCAACCUGGACACCUGGACGCCGGAACAGGUCAUCUCACUGCAGCAGAUGGGCAACUCGCGGGCCCGCGCCGUCUACGAGGCGCAGCUGCCGGACGGAUUCCGCCGCCCACAGACGGACACGGCGCUGGAGAACUUCAUCCGGGCCAAGUACGAGCACAAGAAGUACCUGGCCCGCGAAUGGGUGCCGCCCUCGCCGCCCAAAGUUGACUGGGCAAAGGAGAUCGACGAGGAGCUGGAGCGGCAGAAGCGCAAGAAGAAGUCCACCCAGGCCCAGGCCACCUUGGGCCUCGGGGGUGUGUCCAGUGGCAGCGGCGACAAACGUCUAGCCGGCGCCCUAAAGAACGCCCCUCUGCCCGCACCGCUGCCCAAGCCGAAACCAAACCAGGUAGGUGGCUGCAGCCCCAAGACGACGCAGCGCGUCCAAUUGAAUACCAGCGGCGCCAGCAGUGCCGGCGAAAGCGACCUCUUGGGCCUGUCCUCGCCCACCAAGCCCAUUGCCGCGACCAGUGCCAGCCAAGACCUGCAAAACGAAAGUUUCACCAGCUUUCUCAGCGCCGAAUCGAUUGCCGGACAGCCUGAUAAGCCGAACGGCAGCAACGGUGACGUUGCCAAUUUGCUAGGCUCGAAGCCCAACUCGCUGGCACAGGAGGAGCAGGACUUCUUUAACCAGGGCUCACUGGGCGCUUCGGGAAGCGAGAAGGACCAGUCCGGCAAGAUGUCCAAGGACAGCAUCCUUGCGCUGUACGGCAAUGCGCCGGCCGCCCACAAUCCACAGAUCAACUUUGGCGGCUUUACGGGUAUGGCCCCAGGCGGAUACAUGCAUCAACAGCAGCAACAGCAGAUCCCCCACCAGUUCAUGACGCCACCGAACUCGGUCAGCAUGUACAAUUCGCCAGUCAUGGCUGCGCCCAACGCGUUUAGCAACGCUCCCAUCAGCAGUGCCACUGCCAUGAGCAUGGGUGGCACACACGGCUUCGCCGGCGCCCAGUUCCCUAGCACUGGCGGCAGUCCUUAUUCUGCUGGAGGACAGGGAGCUGCAACGAAUCUUAUGCAAACGAACCAGAGCAUUCUCAGUGGGAUGCCGCUGUUUGGAGCAGUGCCCCAGCAGCAGCAACAGCAUCACCCGCAGCUGGGCGGACUCUCCAUUAACUUGAUGCAGCCCCUACCCAGUGGACUGAACAUGGCCCAGCAACAGGGAUCGGGCGGAUUUGCCGCCACCGGCCCAACCACCUCCUCAGUACCAUCAAAUCUGAACCAACAAUUUGGAAACCUUAAUAUCGGUAAUGUCUGGCAAUAAAUACGAAGUGUAUUUAUGUAGUUGUAUUCCUUUAAUUAAUUUUAAGACACGAGUGCUUGUCUCAGUGUUGCAACAUGUGUGUGAGACGAUGAUGCUGGUUUAUAUGCAUUCGAUUUGAACAACAACUUGCCAAUUUAGUUAGUUGUCCUGAGAGGAUUCGGAGCGAAACUAUACGUAUUUAUAGAAGAAUUCACUGUCAAGCAAGCUACUGUAUUAAACGAUGUUCAUGUCCACUAACGAUCGCGUCUGCUCGUUCAAAUCUAUUCCAAUUAUACCAUAAUACAUACACGUGUAACACCCAACUAAUUAAAAUUCAACUACGAAACUUAAUGCACUUCCCAAUCAAAUGUACAUGUUUUUUGAAACAUUAGCUAGGUAUUUGAUACACAUGCAUAAACAAAUCGUCCACGCCAGGGUGUGAAUGUAAAGAAUAAAGAUUUGGCAACGUACUUUUUAAAUCCCUGAUAUCCCUAAGAACACAUUCACGCCAGUUUGUCAAUGUGAGUCUUAAAUAUCAUGGCUGGCGAGUCGACGGAUUUAUUGUAUUCGAUUUUUAAGUUGCUAUGUCUAAGAAAUAAAUCAAACCACUUCGAACUGUGUAAUAAUAAAAUAAUCAGACUAUUGUA